AUGCAAGAAGGCGAAUUGAAAGAGUUGGUACAGGGAAUUCCCAUUCCAGUGAUGAGUAAGCCCCGUGCAAUCAUUCAUGACCAAGAAAUUCCUUCGAAAACGCCAUCAAAUCUGCAUUCGAGACGGGAAGCCAGGUUCGCGGCGGGAUGAAGACGUCGGAAAUUCGUCGAGAAAAACAUCGAGUGCAUUUUUUACUGCAUUCCACUGUCUGCGAGUUGUUUUGAAGGUUCACACGUUAUUUUAGGUAACAAAAUGGGUAAAGUAAUAUAAAAAAUAUGGAAACUCAAUGAAAUUUCGGCCAAAAUAGGUCUCAACAGUCCUGUCAUGGCUGAAAAUACGUUCAUAGAAAAUUUUAGAACUCUGCAUACAUUAAUUUUGGAGUACCACACAUAAACCACCAAUACCUACUAUAAUAUCGAAAUCGUCAAAAUUCUUUGCAAAACCAACUCCAAAUCGAGCCAAGCCCCAUUUCUAACUAAAGAAAUUGCCUUCCACCAAAACUUUCAUUCCCAGAACUCAUAAUAAGCACUUCUUGAUAUUACUUUAGGCACCACAUACCCCACUUCCCCAUAAAAUCGAAAGGAACAGUUGGCGAUCUACAUUAAGCAGCUGUAAUAAUGCCGACACACGAACGGCCACUACCGUUGACUAAAGACCAGUUUAUAUCUUCUCCAUUCUUUCUCCUCAAUUUCUAACGAGGGCGCAGCUCGCGAACAACGAGGAAAGAAAUAAUUUAUUUUCUCCUCAAAUUCCCAAUUUUUAGUCGUCGAAAUGAGUAAGAAAAAGUUACUAGACCUUGGAGACGAUGAUGGAGAGGAUCUGAGCAUAAAUGUGAACCCGGAUUAUGCCGAGAGAUACGAGAAUUGGAGGCAGCGAGAAGAAUUGCAGAAAUGUAAGUAUUUUUAAACUAAAACAAUGUUGUUUCUGUGUUUAGUGAAAGACAAGUAUGGCUCAGACGUCGAGGAUGAAGAGGAUGAGGAGAGUACAGAUGGAGAAGUGGUAAGAAACGGUUUUUUGCAUUUAUUAUGUUAUCCAUGAGGAUACGUAAACGGAAAUUCGAUUUUUGACUAACAUAGAUGUUCCAAGAGCGGAAUGGGAAUUUUAAUAGAUGCUUUAGGACUUUAUUGGGCUUCUCAAUUCAAAAAACUUUCCACAUUAUCAAUUUUCGAUCUUAUAUUAUCCAUGGGCAAUAUAAUUUUUGUCGCAAAAAUUGAAUGGCUUUCUUAUCUUUUGUCUAUUACUAUUUCAGGAAUGGGAUUCCGAAGACGAGAAGGACUUUCUGCGCACAUUAGGCGCUUUGAAAUCCAAUGAUCCAAAGAUUUACAAGUCUGAUGUAAAAUUUUUCGAUCAAGAGAGACAAAGGAAGCCGCGGAAGCCCGAAACCAGUGCUCAAAAGAGGGCAAAAGAAGAGAAAAUGACUCUGAGAGACUAUGAGCACAAACUGGUAGUUGAACGGGGUGGGAAAUUCAGCGAUGAUGAGGAAGAAGAGGAACCGCCCAAUGAUCCGAGUUAUUAUCAGAAGGAACAACAAUUAAAAUCCGAGUAAGUUGGCGUUUAAAAUGUUGAAUUUGGUGUUUAGAUUCAAGAAAGCGUUGGGAGAGGAUUCAGAAUCCGACGAGGAGCUGCUGAAACCGCGGGAAAAAACGAAAGAAGAGGAAAAACGCGAGGAAAAUGAAUAUUAUGAGUGGUUGGCUAAUCAUAAAGAGUUGGAUAAUGUCGAUGAAGAUCUGGUAAGACAGUUUAGACCUUGGUUUUUUGUUUUUAGACCGUUUCCCAUAUCAAUUCACUUGAUGACAUAGAAAAAAAUUUCUUUAUCAAAAAUUUCCCAGUUUUUGUCCAAAAUAAUAUAAUUUUUGUCGAUUUUAGAAACAUUUGAAGGAGAAAUGGAAUUCCAAUGAUCUUACAGCAGAGGACAAGUUUCUAAGGGACUAUUUACUUAACAAGAGGUACGAAACGGAUGGGAAACAUAUCCCAGAAGCCCUUCCAACAUACGAUGAAGUAGUGAAAGUUGAUGAGGAACUUGAAAAAGUCGAGGAGUUUGAAUACAAAUACAAUUUCCGAUUUGAAGAUCCGGAUCAAGAGUUUGUAAGUGUCAUUUGAGAUUUGAUUUUAUGGAUUUAGAUCAAACAAUUCCCUCGGACAGUCAAAGAAUCGCUGAGAAAAGAGGAUACGAGGAGAAAAGAAGCGAGAGAACGGGUGAAACAACGAAAAGAAGAAGAGAAAAAGCAAAAGAAAGAGGAAAUAAAACGACUCAAGCUGCUAAAGAAGAUGGAAAUUGAGGAUAAGUUGAAGAAAUUGAAAGAAGUCACCAAGGAUGAUAUACCAAUUAGUCUGGAGGACCUGCAAAAAGACUUUGAUCCAGCUGAAUAUGAUCGGAAAAUGAAGGUAAGAAAUUUUGAGGUGUUUUAGGAAGAAAGGAAUGAAUUCAGAGGGAAGAUAUGUCUUUUUGGGACGAAAUUUGUUCAGGAGUACCUAAAGUAAUAUAAUUUUUGUUGGAAAUACUAGAAAUUUGAUAGGAUUUUGGUUUGAAAUGAUGGAUCAUAAAAUUUUAGGAGAUUUUCAAUGAUUACGACGACAAAGCAGACGAGGAUGAAGAGAAACCGGUCUUCUCCGACAUCUCUGACAUUGAUGAUGAUGAAGAAGUUGAUGAGGACGAUGCAAAGCCAGAAAAAGUUGAAGAUAACCAUGAACAAGAAGAAGAAGCUGGCCCCAGUAAUUCCGAACCAUCAAGACGAGAGAAGAUCUCAGCGAGAAAACAUAAACGAAAUUCAAAAUUCAAUGAGGUGAUCACCAAGAAAAAGCCGGCGUUCGACCCGAAUGAAAAGACAUUUGAAGAGUAUUUCAAUGAAUAUUAUGCCCUAGACUAUGAAGAUAUCAUCGCGGAUAAUUUGAAGACCAAGUUCAAGUAUCGGAACGUCGAACCGAAUGAUUUUGGACUUUCGACGGACGAGAUUUUGGAGCUGGAUGAUAAGAAGUUGAAUGCGUGGGUAUCGGUGAAGAAGGUGACCUCAUACAGGUCUGCGGCAGAGGAAAAGACGGACAAAAUUGUCUACCAGAAGAAGGCGCAGAACCCGGAGAGAAAGAGGAAGAUCUUUGGAUCGGUGUAAGUUGGUCUAAAAUAAGGUCGGAUUCUGGAAGUUGAUGGGGAAAACGGAUUGUUUUAUGGAUUUCUGGAUGGUUGAUUUUGAGAUUAAGACAGAUAAGAGAGUAGGAUUGAAAGUUUCAGGCGAUUUGGAACCUUAUUUUAGCAAAAAUUGGGAUUCUUUGCCCAUUUUUUUGAUGAUUUUGAAGAAAAUUUUGGUUUUUAAUAGUGAAGGACAAUAUUGCUGGUGAAAUCUGCCUAUAGUUUGAAGAAAUAUUAUCUUUAGGAUAUUAUUUUACAUUUUUUUAAAUGUCUUUCAAUUUUUGAGAUCCGUAUUUUACCACAAUAAAUCCAAUUCUUCUUCGAUUUCAGUGUCGUGGAAGACGAAAAGAAGAAAAAGAAGGCCCCGGUCAACGAAAUCCAACCAGAAAAUCCACCGGAGACUACCGAAAAACAGGAAGAAAAGACGAAAAAGAACAGAAAGAAGAGAAAGAGCCGAAAUGAGCUGAGCAAAAAUCGCCUGAAGGCGUAUGGAGUGAGCACAACCAAACUGAAGAGUCAUUUGAACAAGGACAAGUUCAAGAAGAAGGAAAAGAAAUCCUAG